AUGAAUCCCGCACUCAAAGUCUUCUCGCUGCCAGAGAUCAUCUUUGGCAUCAGCCGCUUCCUCUACACACCUGAUCUCUAUUCAUCCAUUCAAGUAUGUCACAUCUUUAACGACGCUCUCUUGCAAGCACUCUGGCACACCGUCGACACCAACCUCCACAGCUGGCCACACAUCCCCACCCACUACGACUCAGAAGCCUCCAAGGGCGACAAGGACGAAGCCUGGAUCUCUCACGUGUUUGCCAAGCACGGACACGUUAUUCACAACCUCACCAUCUGGUCCCGUGUUAUUGUCGAUGCUCUACUGUAG